CAGUGCAAUUAAUCCAUGAACUUCAUAAACAUUCGCCCUGUGAAGUGAUUCGUUGUGGUCGUAUGAUGUUCAAUAAAUGUUGUAUGUAGCCUAAUUUUGAUUAAAUAAUAAGACUUCCCCAACCAUGACUACUGAAGAAAAAUUUAAUGCCGCCGUGAAUGUUAUUAGGAGUUUACCAAAAAAUGGAUCAUAUCAGCCCAGCAAUGAAUUGAUGCUGAGGUUCUAUGGCUAUUUCAAACAGGCCACACAAGGACCGUGCAGCGGUUCGCGGCCCGGAUUCUGGGAUGUUGUGGGUAGAGCCAAAUAUGAUGCCUGGAAAAAAUUGGGUGAUAUGUCGAAAAAUGAAGCGAUGUCAAGAUACGUGGAUGAACUGCACACUAUUGUCGAGACCAUGAGUUAUUCUGAUAAAGUUGCCAACUUCUUGGAGGCCCCCACUGACGAACUGAGUUCCGUUAAUAUGGACGACUUGGAACUAAUCGCUGGCGACGUGAUGGAACGUGUACGAUCGCAGCCUAACUCUCCUUUCGCUUCUCGUGAAGCUUCGCCGACGAGAUUGGGUUCUAGUUUGGACGCAUCUCCAUCAGUUUCACCUAGCAUUCCAAUAGAUGAAGAUUCGGACCACAGCGAUGAAGAAUAUAUUGACACAAUUGAGAAUCCGGAACCUAGACGAUACUUACCUAAUGGCAUCCCAUACGCGGAUGGACUUUCCAAUGGUUACGUAAAUCAUAUUUCGAGGACUAGGACAAAAUCACAGAGCAAUGUAGAUAUAUCCCAGGAAAUAUCUAAAGCCGUACAAAGUUUAAAACAUGAUAUUGAAAGGCUUACAACUAAAAUAAAUCAUUUGGAAAAUAAAAGUGUCCAUGUGUCAUUGCAAAAACGAAAAGGAGUCUUUGGAAAUAUGUCUUUUCAGUUGAUUUCAUUUAUGAUUAUUUGGCCAUUUAUUGCAACAUUUAUUAUGAACAGAUAUUUAAUUAAGAGGAAGUAAUGCAUCUAGCAGGAAUUUUAUUGGUGUCAAGUAUAAAUGUUUGGUUUUAUUUGUUUUAUUGUUAUGUAUAUAUAGAUUUUUAUAUUAUAUGGUUUGGAAAUAAUAAAAAUGUUACAGAUUUUUUUAUCAAUUAUUAUUGUGUCUUACUAUUUCUAAUGUAAUAAAAAACACAUGUAUAAGA